UGUCAGGGCAGCAAGACAGAGCGGGCCGGAGUAGCUCCGCUUUUCACGCCAGCCGCUGCUAAAUCAAAGCCGAAAACGAAUCUACGGAAACUACAACCAACAAAACUGAAUUACGACUCUACCGUUAAGUGUAUUCGAACUUAAUCGAUUCGCCGCCCUCCAUGGAGCGCUUUUCUUUGAAGUAUUAAAGUCAAUCCGAUCCGUUUUGAGCGAGGAUGAGCGUGAACAGUACGGGGACAGGGUCGGCUCCGUGCCGCUUCGCCCAUUAUUUCGUGAUAUGUGGAAUAGACACCGAGACUGGGUUGGAACCAGAUGAAUUGGCCGCUUUGUACCAAUGGCUAGAGGCUGACCGCCAGGGCAAGGAUCCAGAGGCGGCCGCUACAGGGGAGAACUUUGACCAGAGUCCACUCAAAAGAACCUUCAAGUCCAAAGUGUUGGCCCACUAUCCGGAGAAUGUGGAGUGGAACCCAUUCGACCAGGAUGCUGUUAACAUGCUGUGCAUGCCCAAGGGCCUGUCGUUCAGGACGCAGAGGGACUCCCGGGAGCCCCACUUCCACUCCUACCUGAUCACGCGGGAGGACGGCUCGCGCACCUACGGCUUCGUGCACACCUUCUACGAGGAGGUGACCAGCCCGCAGAUCUGCGCCGCCAUGCAGACCCUGCACCAGAUGCACCACGCCGAGCACGCCUCCAGCGGCACCAACCCCUCCUCCUCCUCCUCCUCCUCCUCCUCGUCCUCCUCCAGCAUGGACUCGCUGGCCAGCAGCCUGGACGAGGGGGACACCUCCUCGUCCUCCGCCGCGUCCCCGUCUCAGCACCCGGCGUCCGGUGGUGGUGGUCCGUCGUACGACGCGGCGCGCGACACGCUGUACGUGUCCAAGGCGCUGUGCCUGAUCGCGCCCAUGCCCUUCAUGCACGCGUGCCGCCGCUUCCUGGCCCAGCUGCAGAGGGCCGUCACCGCCCAGCAGCCUCCGCCGCUGCCCCUGGAGAGCUACGUGCACAACGUGCUGUACGAGGUGCCGCUCCCGCCGCCCGGCCGCUCGCUCAAGUUCCACGGCGUCUACGAGCCCAUCGUGUGCCAGCGGCCCGGCCUCUCCGAGCUGCCCCUGGCCGACUUCCCCCUGGGCGAGGCCUUCCAGCUGCUGGGCGUGGAGAACCUGGUGCAGCUGUUCACCUGCGUGCUGCUGGAGAUGCAGAUCCUGCUCUACUCACAAGAUUACCAGCGUCUGAUGGUGGUGGCGGAGGGCAUCACCACGCUGCUCUUCCCGUUCCAGUGGCAGCACGUCUACGUGCCCAUCCUGCCCGCCUCGCUGCUGCACUUCCUGGACGCGCCCGUGCCCUACCUCAUGGGCCUCCAGUCCAAAGAGGGCACCGACCGCUCCAAGCUGGAGCUGCCUCAGGAGGCGAACCUGUGCUUUGUGGACGUGGACAACCACACCAUCGAGCUCCCGGAGGAUUUCCCCCAGCUGCCCAACAAGCCCGAGUUCAUCCGCGAGCUGACCGACGUGCUGCUGCGCUUCGGCCUCUCCCCCGAGGGCAGCAACGCCCCCAUCACCCUGACCACCACCCCCACCCUCACCACCCUCACCCCCACCCCCACCAGCCGGAGGUGCGCUAGCCCCAGCGCCGGCCUCAAGAGCAGCGUGCUGAGGGAGCUGGUGGACGACGGGCGCAACGGCAACCUGGGCCGCGAGGACAUGGCCGUGCUGGAGCUGCUGCAGGGCAACCCCACGCUGGACCGGCUGCAGGCGCUGGCCACGCGCACCGGGGUGACCGUCGACCGCCUGGAGGCCAUCCGCCGCGGCGUCAGGGAGGGCCAGCCCGACGGGGACACGGCCGGAGGAGGAGGAGGAGGAGGAGGAGGAGGAGGUGGGGCGGGGGGGAAGCGCUCGGCGGAGGACGAGCAGGAGCUGCGGGGCGCCCAGCUGAGUGUCCAGCUGCGCGAGGUGUUCGCCAGCCGCUUCGCCACCAUGUUCGCCGACUACGAGGCCUUCGUCAUCCAGAGCGCCCCCGACCUGGAGUCCUGGCUCACCAACCGCGAACAGAUGCACAACUUUGACAAGGCCUCCUUCCUGUCGGACCAGCCAGAGCCCUACCUGCCGUUCCUGUCGCACUUCAUCGAGACGCAGAUGUUCGCCACCUUCAUCGACAACAAGAUCAUGUCCCAGUGGGAGGAGAAGGAGCCCAUGCUGCGCGUCUUUGACGGACGCAUCGAGAAGGCCCGCCUCUUCAACGUGCGCGCCCCCAGCCUCCGCUCCUCCAACUACCAGAGGUGCACCAUCCUGGCCGAGUCAGCCCAGGCCAUCGAGCAGCGGCUGAUGAAGAUCGAUCACACGGCCAUCCACCCCCACCUGCUGGACAUGAAGAUUGGCCAGGGCAAGUACCAGCAGGGCUUCUUCCCCAAGCUGCAGGCCGACGUGCUGGCCUCUGGACCCACCAAUAACAAGUGGUCGAGUCGCACAGCCACAUCACAGCGCCGACAGGACAGGCACAGACAUCACAACGAACACCUGGGACUGGACAACGAUCUCAAAGAGAAAUACAUGCAGGAGGCCCGUAGUCUGGGGAAGAACCUGAGGCAGCCCAAGCUGUCGGACCUGUCCCCAGCGGUCAUCGCUCAGACAAAUUGGAAAUUUGUGGAAGGGCUCCUAAAGGAGUGUCGCCUGAAGACCAAGCGUAUGCUGGUGGAGAAGAUGGGCAGGGAGGCGGUGGAGCUGGGCCAUGGGGAGGCCAACAUCACGGGCCUGGAGGAGAACACCCUCAUCGCCAGCCUCUGUGACCUGCUGGAGAGGAUAUGGAGCCAUGGCCUCCAAGUCAAACAGGGGAAGUCAGCCUUGUGGUCACAUCUCCUCCACUAUCAGGCUCGAGAGGAAAAACAGAGCUUACUAACCGAUUCACCAGGGUCAAACAGUCCAGAGAGGCGAAAAUCUGAUUCUGGUCUCGGGCUCUCGACACUGCGCGUCUCGGUCAUACAGGACAUGAGGCACAUCCAGAGCAUGAGUGAGAUUAAGACGGACGUGGGCCGCGCCCGGGCCUGGAUCCGCCUCUCCCUGGAGAAGAAGCUGCUCUCCCAGCACCUUAAGCAGCUGCUGUCCAACCAAGCCUUAACCAAGAAGCUGUAUAAGCGCUAUGCAUUCCUGCGCUGCGAGGAGGAGAAGGAACAGUUCCUCUUCCACCUGCUCAGCCUCAACGCCGUCGACUAUUUCUGCUUCACCAACGUUUUCACCACCAUCAUGAUCCCAUACCGUGCUGUCAUCAUCCCCAUUAAGAAGCUCAGUAAUGCCAUGACGACCUCCAACCCGUGGGUGUGCGUGGCAGGCGAGCUGGGCGACUCCGGUGUCAUGCAGAUCCCGAAGAACGUUCUGGAAAUGACCUUUGACUCUGCGUUCAGGCCUCACACUCACAUCACCGCUCUGUUCAAGUGCCAGAACCUUGGCAAGCUCACCACUGUCCAGCUGGGCCAUGACAACUCAGGGCUGCUUGCCAAGUGGCUGGUGGACUGUGUGAUGGUCCGCAAUGAGAUCACUGGACACACGUACAAGUUCCCUUGCGGGCGCUGGCUGGGUAAGGGUGUGGAUGACGGGAGUCUGGAGAGGGUUCUGAUUGGUGAGAUCCAGGUGCCGACCAGUGAGGAGGAGGCGGGACGAGGGAGCCGGACUCCGCCCAUGCAGCGCUCGCCCUCUCAGCCCCGACGAAUCAGCAUCACGUCUCUCAGCGGCCGCGCCAGCAAGCCCACCUCAGCACAAAUCCAGGAAGGCAUCGGCGAGUCAGUCAACAACAUUAUAAAGCACUUUCACAAGCCAGAGAAGGAGAGAGGUAGUCUGACCCUGCUGCUGUGUGGAGAGAACGGGCUGGUGGGCUCUCUGGAGCAGUUUUUCCACCACGGCUUCAAGACGGCACGUCUCUUCCAGAAGAGCAUCUUUAUCUGGGACUUUGUCGAGAAAGCAGUGGAGUAUAUGGAAAGUGCUGAUCAGAUGGGGGACCUGCAGGAGACAGCAGAGCCUCUAGGCCUAACCUGUGAAACCUUCUGUCGCUAUGCCAACGCCAUCAACAACUCGCCACGCAGCAUUGGCAAGGAUGGCAAGUUCCAGCUGCUCUUCUGCUUAGGAGCCAGGGACCGGCUGCUGCCCGAGUGGCUCCCCCUGCUGGUGGAGUGCCCGGUGAUCACGCGCAUGUACGAGGAGACGGCCAUGCUGCGCGACCGCACCACCGUCAACGCGCUCAUCGGCGUGCUGCAGACCCUCCACGACUUCGCCAUUACGCUGGAGACCUCGCUGGUCAAGGGCUUUGACUUGUAGCAGUCAGCUUCCAUGGACCGCAACUCCCCACAACCCCCCCCCCCUCCUCCUCCCCACCCAUUUUACCCCCCUCCCUUCACCUCUCCACCCCUACUCUCUGAUGCCUCUACAGAUGCCACUUCAAGGCACUGGCAAGCCGCACAACCCACUCUGGGAAUUAAACGUGACCACUAAAAGAGCAGGAAGGCUGAGGAACGAGGAGGCUCUUUGAAGGACAAAUAAACAAGAGACCCCAGUCCCCGUUCCCGCCUCCCUCCCCAUGGCUCUGUGUUUAGUUGCAGUGCGUAGGCCUUCGGAUCAACGUUGAGUGCAGUAUUACCCAUACCUUGUGCUUUAAAACACACAACUCCAAAAGAAAUGGACGUUUUGUGUGAAUCUCUGUAUAAACUGUAUGAAGCUCCGUGUGAAGCUCAUUUAUGAAGAUAUUUUUCCUAUGAACUCUCUCUGCUCUUAUAAUGUAGGGGUCCGUGGCACAGAUGUGGGCUCAGGUUUCCAUCUUCAAUACUUAGUAGAGUACGCAAGCAUGUAUUCAGUUCGGUGAUGGAACCUUUUCUCCAAUGAUGGACAAAGAACGGAAAUGGUGAUGUAUUGGUUUUAUGCGUGACGACAAAAAAAAACAAAAAAAAACCCUGUAUUGGUUUGAGAGACCCUGUGCAUCUCCCAGUGCUUCAGUGUAGUCCCUACAUUUGAUCAGCAAAAGCUUCAUGUGUGAGGUUAGGGGAGAAAGAAGAGCAGCGGGGGAAGAGAAGGACGUUGCAGAGCCCGUCUUAUUUGCACUCUUAAUACCCAGAACUGAAUCAUGACUCCCAUACGAGAUGGCUUAUAACCAACUAACCCAUGGUACUGAACUAGCCCCUCUCACUGCGCAACGAUUGGCUGUGGGAUCUCCUGUGGACCCUCCCCCUAAACAGUAUUGGAUAAGAAAGGGGGCUUGGCACUGACAUCAGUGAAAUGGACAUUCCAUCUUGAUGUUAGAAAAGCAGUAGUGACUUUUGUGUGUGUGUGUGUGUGAGAGAGUGUCUGUGUGCGCAAUUUUGUGUGCCCACUCAGUUUAAUUUUCUCUUUAUUUUGUAUAUUGAGCUGUUCCCAGUAUUAGUCUCGAAAUUAAGUGUUCGAAGAUAUUUUGUGGUUUUCAUGGUCAGCAGCUCAGAUCAGCGUGUGUGUGUGUGUGUGUGUGUGUGUGUGUGUGUGUGUGUGUGUGUGUGUGUGUGUGAGUGUGGAUGGGUAGGUGAAAAAGAGGGAGACGGUGUCUUCUGAUGAGGAUGCGUCAAGAAUUAAUGUAUGCAUUGCCAAGAAUUUUGAAGGUUUCUCUGUACAAUGACACGAGCAAAUUAGUGCAUCCAUAGUACAUUACGAAAACAAGCAAUAACAAAGACACAGCCAUGGUCCUCUUGAUAUGUUAAGAGUAGUCCUGCGAAUCCAUUUGAAUGGAUUUCUUGAUAAACAAAAGUUUUGAUUUAAUUUAAAUCACACUUUAAAAUUAUUUUUUGUCUUCAUUUAAUUUCAUUAGUCAGUCUCGGAGCUUUUUUAGUUCUAAAAAGAGGCUUUAUUUUCAUCAUGACGACAACAUUUUCCAACUUGCAAUUCUGAGACCAGCUUGAUGAAAGAUAGUAUGGUAUUAAGUCAAAUACUGCAAAUGUGCAUGUCUCAAAUCUAGAAAAACAUAUUUGGGAUUUUAUUGUGACCCUUUGGAUUUCAACAAAAUAAUCUGAUUAAAUUAUUACUUAUAUUAUUGUAAAUGCUAAAAACCAAUGACUAUCAGGUUCUGACUGUGGACUAGCUUUUAUUUGUUUUAUUUAGAUAUAACACACAAUCUGCUGCUGUACUUUUAAGAAAGAUUUUAACCACUAGACCAAUCUUUUUGCUUACACUGAAAUAAUUAUUUUUACCCAUGCAUUCACUUCAGGGGUAAGUCUCAUUCUUCUGUUGGAAUGUUUUACUUAAUCUUUUUUUUAUAUAUAUCUAUCUUUUGGGUCUGUUGAUAUUUUUACUUUUUGAGACGGCAGAUUUCCUCAGUAUUCUUGAGACACUGGUCAUUUUUAACCCUCUGUUUAGCCAGCUGGUUGAGUGAACUAAAACUUUCAGUGAGAGUUUUCUUGUAUCAUAUUUUAAUUGCAUUGUCCUGGUUGAUUCACACUGUGCGUUAGCACAGUGCUCUCCAGUGCGUUCAGCCAUCUGACUGGCAGCCUCUGGAGAGGUCUGAGACUGGGUUUAUGUGCAGUGCUGCUUGGCUAUGAGCUGGCAUAGGCCCUUUUACGUUUCUGAAAAGCUACUGCAUGCUGGGAUGUUCUGUACUGCAUCAAGAGUUCUAUUUCCGUGGGUUAGUUUAAUGCUUGUUCCUUUCAUCAGUCAUCCAGCUAAAUUUAAAAGAAGACGAAGACUACUGUCCCAGGUGUAGAUUACCAAACUAUGCUCCCUGCCUCUCUUUCUCUCUCUCCUGUUGAUAUUGUGUAUCUUCAUCUUUACUGAGAACUUGAACUGAAUGGAUCCCUGUGUCUGGUCAUGAUUUAAAUGAUCUCUGUUUAUGGUAUUUAUGAAAUGUUUCAUUAAAAAUCUCAGUAUGUUGA